AGACUUCCCGUGCGGAUGCUACUCUUCCUCUUCCUUAAGGGCCAAGAUGCGUCCCACGCUGAAGCGCGUUUCCCACACGGCGGAGCUCUCGUUCCAGAUCCGAGGGCGACAGCAAUGAAUGGAGGCCUCGCUGCAGCGCCGCCCCUCAUCUCGGAGCGCGGCUCGCUUGGCGACACGCUCGGCCUUGCCUCGGGCGGCUCUCGCCCAGCCCCGCCAGCUCCAGUCAGCAGGAACCCGGAAGCAGGCGGUGCUGCAACCAAGCCGUUUCCUGCGCCAGAGUCGGAGACGGGGCUGAGCUGCGAUCUGGUAAAGCGGAGCAGCUGCGGAGCCAUGACUCACCAGACCGGCAUCCACGCCACUACGGAAUUAAAGGACUUUUUUGCAAAGGCUCGGAAUGGUUCAAUCCGUCUUAUCAAAAUCGUAAUUGAGGAUGAGCAGUUGGUGCUUGGAGCCUCCAAGGAACUAUCUCGGCACUGGGAUAAGGACUACGAUUCCUUUGUGCUUCCUCUGCUAGAUGAACUGCAGCCAUGCUACAUCCUUUAUCGCCUGGAUACCCAAAACGCACAGGGCUAUGAGUGGCUUUUCAUCUCCUGGUCACCUGACAACUCUCCUGUUAGACUCAAGAUGCUCUACGCAGCAACCCGAGCAACGGUAAAGAAAGAGUUUGGAGGAGGACACAUUAAGGAUGAACUCUUUGGGACACUAAAGGAGGACAUCUCGCUCAGUGGCUACCAGAAGCAUGUGUCUUCUUCCUCUGCUCCAGCUCCUCUGACCGCAGCCGAACAAGAGCUUCAGCAGAUCCGCAUCAAUGAGGUCAAAACUGAAAUCAGCGUCGAAAGCAAACACCAGACUCUCCAAGGCCUGGCCUUCCCUUUGCAGCCAGAUGCACAACAAGCCAUUCAGCUACUAAAGCAGAAGAAAAUAAAUUACAUCCAGCUGAAGCUGAACCUGGAGCAGGAGACCAUAGAACUGGUCCACACAAAGGCUACAGAAAUUGCUGAUCUGCCUAGAAGAAUUCCUCAGGAUUCUGCUCGCUAUCACUUCUUUCUGUAUAAACAUUCUCAUGAGGGAGAUUAUCUGGAGUCAGUGGUGUUUAUCUACUCCAUGCCUGGUUACAAAUGUAGCAUCAAAGAGCGUAUGCUGUAUUCUAGCUGCAAGAGCCGAUUGCUUGACUCCAUAGAGCAAGAUUUCUGCCUAGAAAUUGCAAAGAAGAUUGAAAUCGAUGAUGGAGCUGAGCUGACGGCCGAGUUCCUGUAUGAUGAGGUCCACCCCAAGCAGCAUGCCUUCAAGCAGGCUUUUGCCAAGCCAAAGGGUCCUGUGGGAAAAAGGGGACAGAAGCGACUUAUCAAAGGACCAGGCGAGAAUGGAGAAGACAGUUAAACCCAGAGGAAGGGUCAGCCUCCAGCAUUGCAGCUCCAAGGAAAUCCACUUCUCUGCAUUUGAGCCUGUCCACUGAACUCCAGAGCCUUUUCCCUACUUCUUUUCUCAGAGUCAUGUCCAUCGGUUUCAUUAACAGGGUGGGAGGGGUGGAAUCGGGGGACAGAGAGGAAGAGGAAGAAGACGGCAUGCUCUUUUUUUUCUUUCCUUUUGCUCUAUGGUGAUAUAAAUCUAGGGAGAAGGGGUUCCCUAGAGCUUUUUGUCCUUUGUUUUUUUUUAAAUAUUUCUUACAAUAGAUGCUCCUGUUAUUGCUUCAUCUUGUGGCCUGUUUUACUUGGAAUCUGCACCACUCAAAGAGUUUUGUUUGCCUCUCAUCUGAGAGAGUUAUAAACUUCUACCUUGGGUGCUGUGACCCCCAUCAAAGAGAGGCACUGUUUGUAUGGUAACAAUAACUUAGUGGCACUCCAUCCUGUCAACACCAUUCCCUUAUCAAGGGAGUCUGUGUCCUUAGUAUUUGAUGCAGUGGUCAGUUGCCUAUUGGUUAAGGCAAAGAGCAGUAGGUCCCACGGAUUGUUUUUGAGGUAGGGUGGAGUUGAGGGGAUGAGGGUAGUGCUAAAAAGACCAGUCAGAUUUCCUCCAAAAUAGAGGUGCGUCAUUUGGGUUUUAAGAAACUGUUUGUUUCCCAAGCUACUGAAGAAGUAAAACUCUCAUUUUGUUCAAGAGUCCUGAUAAUUCCCUUCUAGGCCUUAAUGUUUGUGGGGGAAAAUAUCCAUCACAAAUCCAGGGAUGGGUUGGAUUUCUCUUAAAAGAUGUUCUGCUUCCUUUCUGAUUUGCAGAAAGCUAUUUACACUGCCUUUCUUUCUUCCCUGCCUUAUAUCUUGAUGGCUCAUUGUGUGAUGUUACAGCCUAGGAUAGACACAUGGAUGGUUAGGAACUGGGAGCAUAAUUGUUAUCCUGCCCUUAUUGGCAUCAUUUUCACUUAACUACAUCAAGAUGGCAAGAAUCACCUCACGGGUAGCUCUCAUAUGCUUUCCCAGGUCACACUUUCCACAUGUGCUAGCUUGCAGCCUAACGCAGCAUUGAUUUAACUGAGAUUAUCUUCUGACUUAACUGAGAAAGUAGAUUCCUUCCUGAUCUGUGUUUUUGCCCAUCCACACUGGGCAUCUAAGGUAAAGUCGCUUGGUCCUUGGUCAUCUUAUAUUUACUCAAUUGUUUGUCCUCAUCCUAGAUCAUGACACCUAACCAAUGCAUCCCCUCAUCAUAGAUCUUUAGUUAUGUGAUAGAGCUUUGCCAGGCCAAAGGAACAUUAGCAUUUUCAUUGGUCGCAGAAUACUGAUGGGCUCUGUUUUUCACAGAAUGUACUUUGGCCAGAGGACUGUUCAUGCCAUGUGUUAGAUACUGUCUGCCAAGACUAAUUGUUUUAGGUCCAUGAAAACCAGGUGGAAGGAAAGGAUAGCCCAUGGCAUGAAAUUGUUACCCAUGUACAUGAUGGACGGGCUUUUUAACUGUCAAGGAGUUUGGGAAGAGUCUUGAUGAUCAGCUUUGAAAGUCUAAAGGAGAAGCAGACCAUGACCUAAUCACAAAAAGCCACAAUUGUGACUUUGGGAUUGGGAGCUCCUGAAAAAUCAUUAGAGCAGGUAAAUUUGUUAUACAUAAUGAAAACUCCUAUGUCCCCAAGGAGCAAUUUAUUGGUCUGCUUUUAUAUCUCAUUCAAGCAAACAAUUCCGUAUGAAAUUAAAAGCCUUUUUUUUUACAGAGCCAGUUGUAUGGUAUUACAAUGUAUGGUGGCCUUGAGUGGAGUGGUGUUUGUAUAAGAGCAAGGCUGGAUGUGCUCUAGCUCACUCUUUCCCCCGUAAGGCUGAUCUGCAAUUUAAGAAAAAAACAGUAGGCUUUGCCAAAUUCCAAGUAUUCUGGAUGGGGGGGAAAAAUAUAGAAUCACAAUUCUAAAAAAAACCCCAAUAGAAUCACAGAUUCUCAAAAUAGGACAAAAUUUAGACAUUGAGAUCCAAUCCCCUACUCACUACAAGAAUCCAGAUGAGAAUGUCUGUGAUGGAAGUCGUGAUAUGCACCAUCAUUUCAUGGAUGGGGAAAAGUGUAAAUGUUAAUUUUUCUUGAUUUUGUUUUUAACUCUUCAUCUUUUGCACCUUAGGUUUAUUGGGAGUCCUUGGGACAGAUAUCUUUAUAAUUGAGGUCUCUGUAGUGUUUAGAAAUAAACAGAUCUUGCAUCCAGCAUAUAAUUCUAAGACAAUAAUUAAAUUCAAAGUUUGUCUUAAAACAUGUUCAGACAGCAAAAUUCUGCUUUAAAUAGGCAUAAUGCAGGGAUCAGCAACUGAAAUACAAAAUUUCAGCAUAACACUGGUCAGUGCACAACAUUUCAAUUUUAUUUUUUGUUUUUUUUAAAUAGGUGGUUCUUUGGACAUUUUGAAGGCUCUACAUUGCUGAUCUUUGGCACAAUGAUUUCUUUAACUACUUUAUUUUUACUGUGACCAAAUCUCAAUCAGUUCAGCUAAAUCUAGAGAUUAUGAUAUUAUUCAAUAAUAUUUGGAUUUGGACCUCUGCAUUUUCUGCAUCAUAUAUGCAGAGAUAGCUUUGUUACUUUCAUUCUAUGUUUUUGUUGAGAGCGCUACACUCUUGUAAUAAUAUGAUUUAUUGUUUUGUCCUUUUCCCCCUAGGCAAAAAUUAUAUUGGUCCCUAUUAUAUUUUGAUGCAGAAGAACAAAUAUUUGCCAUUCCAAAACUGAUAACAGCUAUUACUCUGAUCUUGAACUCACAUUUCCUUGGGUUCACGAUGAGAUAUUAAGCAUACUUGGAUGACUACUGUUGGCAUUUUCCUUGUUUUCACUAAUUGCAUUAAUUAAUCCACGUGAUUCCAACAAAUGGGGCAGAAAAGCAAGUAAGCAAACAUUGCCUUUGUUUCAUAUCUUACUCCACCAAAUUAGUCUGAAACGAUUCCUUUGUGGUAUUAUUGCCAAAUAUCACCGUGCAAUGAUGGUAGAUCAAUCAGUACUCUCAAAUGUAUGCCGAGUGGUAAAUGAGGACCGAUCAGAACUUCAGUGAAGGGAAAAAGGCAAACAGCCUGCUUCUCAAGCUGACCCUCCACAACCCACCCUUUCCCCUUCACAAUGAAACACGAAGAGCCACUCAGCCUUGCAAAGAGCUGCUUCUCAGCUGUCUAUCUGAUCUUAGUAGCUGCUGCCACAUUAUGCAUAUUCAUAUUGUGUUCGUGGCUGGUGAAUCCCUUUUCUUAUUUGUUGACAGGAAGACCAAUAAAAUCAGCGGUGCAGUGUGCAAAUCAUAGUGAUAUGUCUACUCUAUCAAAACCGACUCUUCAUCCCUACCCUCACCCUGUUUUCUGAUCCAAGCUAACAAAUGGAGACUAUUUGGAGUCAGCUAGACUCCAGAACUCUGUUUUCCUUGCAGUUACGUGAUCUUACAAACUUACCAUCAACACAAUUGCCAAGUAGCAAAAAAGUUCCACAAAAAUGUAGAAAGGACUCCCCAUCGUGGAAUAGUCUCUGAACCAGUUAGCUUGGAUCAGAAUGUAUCUUGCUAUUUAUAUCCAGGAUGAACACUUAAUCAAAACAUUUAUUAGAUCUGACCAAUACUACAAAAUGUUGAGGGAUUGCAAGAACAUACAUCUCAUUAUAGAAAUAAAGUUUUGUAGGAGUCCCAAAAUAAUUUUUCAAGAAUUAUAUGUUUACAGUAAGACCUUGCUAAUACUCUUAACAACUAUAUUCCUUCCUGUGUGCACAAUUGAAAUGAUAGUAGUUUUACACUGACAUCUCUAGCACACUAAAAGAAUGUCUAAUUGACUACAUGGUUAACACUGUAAGUAGUUUUCAUUGGCCAUUGCGCUUAACUCGCUGCAGAUGAAAAGCAAGCUAGGAGUGAUUGUUUCUUUAUCCAUGCUAGUAAUUUAUCAAAUCUUCCAUAAGAAUCAAGGUUUGGAGUUUGGGAGAUGCACAUUCCUGACUGGGCUAUACGAUGAUGUAAAUUUGGAAAUUAUGGGGAAGGCAGGGCAUACUGUUUUGAAUGCUGUAUUUUCUAAAAAUUAAAGUAUUUUUAAAGCAA